AAACGCUGAAGGAGUGUACGGGGGCGUGAUAAGAAGUCGGACCGAGAAGAGUUGAGGUCAGUCUUGACGGAACCCGCGGCAUGAAGGUCUUCACCGCCGUCGCCUCCUCCCUUCUGGGACUCCACAUAGCUGCUGCCUUCAUCUUAUCUGACGACAACAGCUGUUUGGGUCGAUGCUACACACACCUGGAUAACGCUCAAGGCUGCCAGUGCAACUACAUCUGUCACAAAUACGGCGACUGCUGCAACGACUUCGACUACGCCUGCCAACACAAAGGCACCCACCCCACAAGUCAGGCUGGGGCGAGUACAGCACCACCCCACACACAGGCACCACACACACAGGGACCCCACACCCCAGUGAGCAGUCACAACAUUGCAGAUGCACUCUGGCAGGUUGACCCUGAUAAGGUUGACAUGGCCGACAUCACCAUUAACAUCGGCAGUCACGCUACCAGUGGAAAGACAACGGACGUCUCCAAGAGCAACUUGUUCAGUAAUGUGAACGCUGCGCCAUUAAGGAAGCCAGUGUACCAGGCGUUGAUGGCGCUCUGGGACAACUACAACCCGACGAGAGGGUCCGCAGACCCAGUAACCGCCGCCGACAAAGCUGAAAUCAACAACUUCCUUGACAUUGUCAUGGCUUCUCCUGUCAUGGAGACAACAUACAACUACCUCGUCGACCAGCAUAUAUAUAGCGGAAGUAAGACAGCCUUAAGAGACAAAAUCUACUCCCUCUGGUUUCAACCCUACUCCCGAUCUGGCGGGUCGUCAAAGGACAGCAGCGGAUUCGAACACGUGUUUGUCGGCGAGUACAAGUCGUCCAUAGUGGAGGGAUUUCAUAACUGGUUGCGCUUUUACAAGGAGGAACAAGCUGGACAUGCGAACUACCUCGGGUACCUCAAGCAAGUCGGGCCACAGAUGCUUGAGUUCACCUUCACCUGGAACGGUCACUUCAAGAAGAUUGACUCCUUCAUCAUCGGGUCGAGUCCAGCGUUCGACAUGGCCCUGGGGACAAUCUGUAUACUGACCAGGCCAAGCUCUUCUUGUCCUUUCACCCUCAACGGCCACAGCUUCCACAUCCAGCAGUACGACGAGGCCCACACGUCCGGGGUACAGCUCGCCACUGCCUAUACUGUGUUCUAAACACAGUGUGAGCCCUCGCCUUUCUGUAACGUUAAUGGUGUGAGUGAGUGAGUGAAUAGAUUUGUUUUGACGCCGCAGUCAGCUAUAUUCCAGCAUACCUCGACUAUUGAGUGCGUGAGUCGUGUGUAUUUUAUAACGGGUAUAUCCUAUAUUAUUAUUCUGGGACCUCUUUAACAGCAUGGUUUGGUCUUGUAAGAUGCGCACGGAUUAGAGAAACUCCGGAUUAAGAAGUAAGUGCGAGUUCCGCAUUAGCCAGGUUCCACAAUAUAAUGAUUUAGGAUUUGGUUGAAAGACCGGAAUUCAGGGUUAUACAAAGUGUAUGAUAUUUUUAUGUGCAUUUUUACGUGUUUGUACUUGUACGUGUCAAACUGUCGAUUAGUCCACAACGGAUACAUGCAUGUACGUAUGUCUGUCUCAAUAAAAGAUUCAAGUGUG